AUGUGGCCAGGCAAAUCUGUUUUGAUCAUUCAUACGUUGGGUUCCUUGGUUUACUCUUUGCCGCCAAAUAUCGAUUGGAGUAAUUUGCAGUAUGAUCCAGAUUCGGUUGCCCAAAAUGAGAAUAUUCUGAAGAUCUUUCUACAGUUGGCGAUGCAUACGGCAAAUCGUUUGAUCAAUUUAAGAAACGAAACUGAUAGAGACUAUGAUUGUAAGGGACGCAAUGAUAAUCCAGUACAUUUGAUAACUGAAACUCCUAUAACGCAAUCGCUAUUAAAAACGAAUCUCGAACGACCUGACAAGAGUCAAGACAGAAUUCAGAAUCGCUUAUUCAUCAAUGAUUCCGAAAUAAAUAAUAACCAAGACUUACUGGAAAAUUUGAACCAAGAUCAAAUGACUCUUCUCUAUUCUACGCAAUCACAGGAAUUGUUCGAUAAUUCAAGCAAUUUUCAAGAAGCCAUUAACGUUGCACGCGAUUCAAAGACCAGCAAUUUAAUUUCGACACUUGUGCAAAAUCAAACGUUAUCUGACGUUCUUAGACGUAAUCCUGAUACUUUGCAAAAAAUAAAAAAUUUAAAUACAACAAAUAAUGUGUCAAAUGCGAAUGAAUUUAGUUUUGAUGUACAAAAUUCUCAGAAUUCAACAAUAGACGGUAUUAGUGCAAGAUUAUUUAAUUCAAUUGAUUUAAUGAAAAACAUUUCGAAUGCAACAAUUAUGAAUAAUUUAACUGAAACUGUGCAUAAGUUUCUUCCAAAAUCGCAAAAUGUGCAGGAAUCAACGCCUGAAGUGAGUCAACGAUUGAUCGACAUCGAUCUAGCAAAAAAUGUCCCAGAUACAAAAAUUGUGAACGAUUCAUACGAGAAUGUGAAUCGAUUUAAUACCCGGCGAUCACAAAAUACACAAGAGCAGUCAAAUAGAAAUGAUGCAGACAGCAAAAGUUUAAAGUAUCGUGAUCCAACAACUACGAUUCAAAAUUUUGAACAUUUUUUAAAUCCACAGAUCGUGAAUAAUCUACCUAUAGUGAAUCAAAUUUUGUUAAAUGCGAAAAAUUUUGUAGAAUCAAUAAUUAAAGCUCUACCGGAAGCGAAAAAUGCGGAAAGCGGAAAUAACUUUCUGAAUCAUAUCAUUUCACAUUCUCAGAAUGUCAACGCAAAAAUAAUCGCAAGUGAUCCUGCGAAUUUUAAUUAUAUUCAACAUCACCAAAUUAGAAAUGUUGAACAAGUAGGAAAUGAUUCUGAUAAUGUAAUGCGUAAUCAUCAAAAUUUUAAUAACAAUUCACGAAACAACGUUAAUGAGCCAACUGAUGCAUCCAAAGGAAAUAAUAAAAAUACCGAAAAUAACAAUUUAUCAAUAAAUACGGAUAAUUCGAAAGCAGAGAAUAGCGAUAAUCAAUCUGCUUUUAUCAAUGAGAGACCUUCAGUAGAAAAUAAUCGCGACAUAAAUCAUAUUAACGACGUAAUAAAGCCCGAAGUAUUUGAGAAGGUGGAUAAGGUGAAAACGAAUCAUACAAAUGAACAAUUAAAUUCGAUUUCGGAGAAUUUAUUUCAAAUAAAUGAAACAAAUGAAUCAUCAAUCACGGAAUAUCAAGGCAAGAAUUCGAACCGCGCACAAGAUUCUGAAAAAGUAAACAAAUUUAAUGUGGAAAAACCAAAGAAACCUCAAGAUAAUCUAUCCACUAAUGUCAGAAUAAGUCGAUCGAUUGGAAAUCGAAAUAUUCGUAUUGACAAUGAUGUAUUAAAAUUGAAUAAUUAUUCUCGUUUUGUCGAUAAUUUAAAAGAUCCGAACUUGCUUAGGCAAUUAUUUAAAACGAAAGUGGAUAUCAAUGAUCGAUUAAUCGACGCUUCACUAUUGACUAAAAAGGAAAAAAUACGCAAUAGCGAAAGUCACAUGACUGAUCAUUAUAAUUACAACAUGAUUAAUAGACAGCGGAACAAAAAUUUGCCAUCAUCAAAUACAAUUUCUAAUUCUAAAUUAAAUUAA